CCAAGUCAGCUAGAUACUUCUAUAAACCUUGCAUAGAGAAGAGAGCAACAAUCAUAAGCUCUACCUUACCCUUUUGCACAUGAAAGACAGGAAAGAAAGGCUUUACCAGGUUUGGGAGGAGGUGUGAAAGCGGUCUGCUGGUGACAGCACCCAACUAGAUCAGCAAGCUUAGUUAGAAGUACACACCUCAUUAUUGCCUGCAACACACUUUUCUUGAAAAUGAAUUUGGGCCCUGUUUUCCUGGUUACAUUCCUGAUGGCUUUCCCCUUCAGCCUGAAAGGUGCUGAACCCAGGAAUGAGGUGGUUUGUGGCUUUUUGGGUGAUUCAGUUCUUCUGCCUGUUCCCAAAUUCACAGGGAAAUUAAGCCGACUACAAUGGAAUUUGUUACUUGCUAACAACACUGAACACCUUAUUGAACGCAAAACAAUAUGGGACAAUGCAAGUGAAAAAAUGAAGAAGCACAAUAUUUUAAAUGAUGGAAACCUGAGAAUAGAUAAAUUGGUAAAGGGAGAUGCUCGAAAAUACAUAGUAAAGGGGCAUGAUGCAAAUAAUGCUCCAUUAUUUAAGCCAACCACAGUUACUUUGGAAGUUCAUGAACCCUUGCCUCAACCACAGAUCAUUGAGAAUUGCUCCAAGAAGGAACUGAUCUGUCAGGUUGAAACCAGUAAAAAUUGCACCAUUACAGUAAAGCUGUUUCAAAAUGAUAAAGUGGAAAAUAUUCAAGAACCAAUAUAUGCCAAUGGGACAUGGCAGUGGACAUUUCGACAAAGAAAUCUUUCAGGGAAAUUCAAGUGUGAGAUUACCAGCAAUCCUUUGAAGAAUCAGAUUGAGAAGGAUAUCAACUGCCUGGGAACAGCUUCUCUGCCAUUGGAUUUGAAUCUUCUAAUGAUGAUCGCAGGCGGUGUUGUCGUCUUUAUCAUCUCUAUAGCUCUGAUAGUUUACUGUGUCAGAAAGAAGAGAAGAGAAAGACGUGAAACUGAAGAUCUGGAGAGAGAACUGCUGGCCCGGAUGGCAGAUGAGGAUUUGAAACAUCGGAAGCUUCCUCAACCUCCGGUUCCUUCUGGUCCUAACCAGACACACCAGCAACAACAAAGGGGGCCACUGGUUCGUCCUGAUCCAAAGCAGGAGGGGCCCCCACCUAAGCCAUGUCCACGUCCACCUCAACGGAAGCCGCCACGGCACAAGAUAGAAAGGCCAAACAUUUGAAAGUGUCAUGCAUCAUCACAAGUGCCUAUGCUGGUAGAUCUUGAUGAACAACUUAGCGUAUUCAUCCAAUACAUGUAAGACAGUGGUUCUCAACCUUCCUCAUGUCGCGGACCCCUUAAUACAGUUCCUCAUGUUGUGGUGACCCCCAACCAUAAAAAUAUUUUAAUUGCUACUUCAUAACUGUAAUUUUGGUACUGUUAUGAAUUGUAAUGUAAAUAUCUGAUAUGAAGGACAUGUUUUCAUUCACUGGACCAAAUUUGGCACAAAUACCCGAUACACCCAAAUUUGAAUACUGGUGAGGUUGGGGGGGGGGGGGAGGCCCGAUUUUGUCAUUUAGGAGAGAUAGUUGCUGGGAUUUAUAGUUAACCUACAAUCAAAGUGUUCUGAACUCCACCAAUGAUGGAAUUGAACCAAACUUGGCACAUAGAAUUCCCAGGACCAACAGAAAAAACUGGAAGUGUUUGGUGGGCAUUGAUCUUGAGUUUUGGAGUUGUAGUUCACCUACAUCCAGAGAGGACUGUGGACUCAAAGAAUGAUGGAUCUGGACCAAACUUGGCAUGAAUACUCAAUAUGCCCAAAUGUGAACACUGGUGGAGUUUGGGGAAAAUAGACCUUGACAUUUGGGAGUUGUAGUUACUGGGAUUUAUAGUUCACCUACAAUCAAAGAGCAUUCUGAACUCAACUAACAAUAAAAUUGGGCCAAACUUUCCACACAAAACCCCCAUGACCAACAGAAAAUACAGUGUUUUCUGAUGGUCUUUCGCGACCCUUCUGACAUCCCCUCACGACCCCCCCAGGGGUCCUGACCCCCAGGUUGAGAAACACUGAUUUAAGAGAUCUUAAUAAUGAAACAUUUACCAUUGUAAUUCAUUUAUUGUGCCAUGGGCUGUUCCAGAGUCCCCUUUAUCAGAAUGCAACAGUUUAGGUUCAAAUCAUGAAGGUUUAUCUCACAAUAUAUAAUAUGGUUAUUAAUCUUUGAAGAUCCAUAUUAAUCUUCUUUUUUCUUGUUGCAACAGAAUAAAUUGAGGUGCGGAUUCCUGAUUUCAGGUCUAUACAUUCCAGUUUGUAAGAAUGAAUAUGAAUCAUAAUAUAUAUUUACAUGUUUGAUGAUGUUGAGAGAAAUCUUAUGUAAGAGGCAACAGGAGUGCACCCGGUACAUAAAGAUGAACAUAUAUGAUACAGAGAGACAGUAUAUGCAUAUAGCUUUGAUUGGUAUCAUAUAUGUUACUCCCACAUGCAGAACAUGCCAGACGUACCCUGAGCAAGAACUUUUCCUGCCUCAGCAACAUCGUCAUCUUUCUCAAGAAAGAUAAAACAUUUACUUUGUGCCUUUUAAAAAUGUUAUAUUCAUAAUUAUUUUUGUAUAAUCCUAAAGUGUUAUGAUGUAUUUGAACCGUGUGUGUACAUUAUAUUAUAUGUGAAGAAAUAAAAAGAUGG